AUGAGCACGUUUUGUGAGCCUCCUCAACUCACAAAUGGAUACCUUAAAUUCAGUGACAAUAAUGGAAAGCACGACGUUGGAAGUACAGUGACGUAUCAUUGUAAGCAAGGCUUUGAGUUAUCUGAUAAAAGCGGGAAAACCACAGCAACAAGGAGAUGCAAAGGAACCAGACAAUGGUCUGGAAAGGCACCAAAAUGUUCUCGUGUCAACUGUGGAGCACCCACUGUUUCGGGGAACGGCUACUAUACUGGACACCCCACCACGUACGAGUCUACUAUCAAUUUUGGUUGCAACAAAGGUUAUUACAUUGACGGUGCUACGAAAGCCAAAUGUCUCCAUACAAGAAAGUGGGACAACAAGGCACCAAACUGCAUCCCAUUCUGCAGGAAGCCGUCUAUUCUCGAUAAUGGUGUUAUCGUCGUUUUAAAGCAUAGUGAAAAUGACAACCAGUUGGACGUAGGCACUCGUGUGGAAUACAAAUGCUCUAAGGGAUUCGUGUACGCUAACUCUAACGUUAGGACAUGUACUGGACCGCUCACGUGGUCAGGAAUGGCACCCAAGUGCACACGGGGAGAUUGCGGAAAAUCUAUUGAUGUUGAAAACGGCUUUUGUAAAUUUACGCACAGUUAUAUGGACGGCACAAGAACGUGUGAAUGCAACUACGGCUACAAGUUUCCUGAUUCUCUUGAUCGGGAAAAACUUGCGACGUGUAACGUCGCCCAAAAUGUUGCAAAAUGGAGCAAGUCUCUUACAAUAUGCAAAAAGAUAACGUGUCCACCAUUGGUUCAAAAUAGAAGAUUAAACGCAUAUUUGAACUACAGCGGAAAUCAUUACAUGAACAUUUCGACAUACAGUUGUUCGUCUGGCUAUAAAGCAGUGAAAGGUCACUUCCAGAGACGUUGCCAAUUCGACGAAACGUGGACGAACCAAUCACUGGAGUGUGCCAAAAAAACGUGUGGUCGUUUAGAAAAUCCUAGAAAUGGCUUUGUAAUACAAGGACGAACGAAAGCAGAUGAAUACGGUAGAGAAGUCACUUAUAUUUGUAACACGGGGUACCAGAUAAAGGGUUCUGAAGUUAGAAAAUGUGGUGCUUCAGGACAAUGGGACGGAGAAGAACCGAUUUGUCAACAUAGUGGUUGCUCUGACUGUCAUGAAGAAGCAGAUUGCAUUCAAAACGAGCACUGUGUUUGCAAACCAGGAUACAUUGGCGACGGGAGACAUUGCUGCAAAGAAGAUCUGACGAAUAGAGUUGCCAUUAGAAACGAAGCCACGUUUCUAAAUUGCAAAGGCAAUUGCAACAUGCCAUUUCAACGCGUUGUGUGGUACCACAACACUGUGCCAGUCAAUAUUUCUAAUAGUCGAAUUGGAGUAGGCAAGAAUGGAAUGUUACUUUACAUAGACAAUGUAUCGAAAAGUGACGCAGGUGAAUACGUAUGCGUUUUCAACAACGGUAAGACUGUGUUUAGAAGAUAUGGAAAUCUGAAGGUGACUGAAGAUAUGUUUGGAUGUCAGCAAAACUCUAGCUGUUCAUCUGAUUGUGGACGGAGUUGUGCAAGAAAGCCGUUUGUGGCAAGAGGAGAUGUAACUCAUGCCGGAAAAUUUCCAUGGCAAGCGAUGCUUUGUACUGCUUCUCAUGGCCAACAUUGUGGAGGCGUUCUUGUAUCAGACAAUUGCAUUGUAACGGCUGCUCAUUGCCUUCAUCUUGGAGGGGUGUUUACUAAAAACGUCAGCGUAUGUGUUGGCCGUCAAUGUGGAAACUGCUCUGAAGUCGAUGUUGAAGGAAAUCCACAAUGUUUUAGGCCCAAGUCGACAUUUAUUCAUCCCAAUUUUAGCAGGAGUACGCUAGACAAUGACAUUGCCAUUAUUAGACUACCAAAAGCGGUUUCGUGUCACUGCAACAGUGUCUUCCCUGUUUGUUUGCCUAAUGAGAAGAGAGACGGAUCUUACCUUCGAGCUGGAAUGGAAGGCAUCGUCACUGGGUGGGGAAGAGUAAAUUCUUCACUUAGUAGAUCAACAUGCUUGCGUAAAGGCGACGUGCGACUAGCUUCUCGAAAUAUUUGUUCCAAAAGGCAUCCAGAUUAUCCAAUAACGAACAGUAUGAUGUGUGCAACUGAUUACAACGGCGCAUGCGAAGGAGACAGUGGUGGUCCGCUGGUGAUUAAAAACAAAGAGUACGGACAUCGUUUUGUGUUGGCAGGAAUAGUGAGCUGGGGAAAAGGAUGUGGCCAGGCGAAAGGUUUAGGAGUUUACACUAAAGUCUUGACUCAUGUGAAUUGGAUAAAGCAGAUGUGUGGCAUGAACUCUUAGCGCUUUGUUGCUGUGCAGUUGCACUUUCAAUUGCAACCAGUGUCAGUCCGUAUAGUAGAUUACAUUCAGAAAAUGACAUUUUGGCAUAACUGUUUGUUUAGUACUCUGACCUCAUUUGUUUGCGAUAUCAUGUAGAACAUAUAGUGCAAAUUUUUUGUUCCCUUUUUCAAUGACGCGGAGAACAGUCGACUCUCAACACCUGGAUGAUACUGGCGUUCGCUAAGAUGGUUUGCCCGUUCGAAGAUCAUACCCAUGCACGAAGAACGCGCCUAUAAUCAAGGGAUGCAAACGUGUCAAGACUCUUCGAGUUUCAGUUAAGUUAUUAGUCACAAUUGUUAGUAUGUCUGAGUACGGCGAGUUCAUUUUUUCUUAAACGUUCUGAAGGAAAUGAAAUAUUUCUACAUGCUGCAUCAGCUACGCUUUCUCCAAAUAAAUUCAUUCAUGGAAAUGAACAGGAUGAAGCGUCCAAUGCGUUUGAUGGAGAUAACAGGGAGGGAAGUAGCGGUUCGUUGCCUCGAGAUUACAUAAAAUGUGCAAUUACAGUUUUUGGCCCAUUGAUGUACUUUAAAAGAAAAAUGACACAAGAGGAGAAGAUUUCGUACUUAAGACUACAUCUGAGAGACGUUUUGAAGAGACAAAGGCAACAGAAUGGACUUACGGUCA